GCUCGUGGAGUCUGAGUGGUCUGUGUAGGCACGACUCGCCGCAGCCGCGCUCAGCCGUCAGUCCACACGCGACGCUCCACGAUGCCCACCGGAGGUGCUCUGCAGCGGCUGGCGGAGGCGCUGCCUCUGGUACUUCUGCUGCUGAUGGUUCCGGCCGGCUCCUUCGCUGCACAAGCCACUCCUCAGGAGUCUCAGCUGGUGGUGGAGCGGUGCGAGGCGCAGCUGCGGCAGUGCGAGCGCAGCCGGGCGCAGGGCGGCGGCUCCGUGUGCGGCUCCGACAACAACACCUACCACACGCUCUGCCUGCUCGAGCAGGCCGCCUGCAAGGGCGACAACGUCACGCUGCUGCACCGCGGGCGCUGCAAGCACGCGCGGCUGUGCUGGAGCGACCGCGAGUUCGCGCUGGGGCUGUCGCGCGCGCCGCAGACGCCGGCGCCGUUCGUGCCCCGGUGCGAGCCGGACGGGACGUACGCGCGCGUGCAGUGCCACGACGCUACCGGCUACUGCUGGUGCGUGACGCCGGCCGGCCGCCUGCUGCCCGGCACCACGCAGCCCAAGGAGCGGCCGCCGCGCUGCGACGGCGGCCACGGGAAACGGGCAACUAGAACGCCACCUCCGAAGAAAGGCUGCGCUCACAAUGACCGGUCCAAGUUCAGCCACAACUUGAUCAAGAACUUCCGUAUUGAGUACAACCGUCUGCCCCAGUCGUCGCCAACUGCCACCAAAGCCGAGGUGCUGGACUGGAAGUUCUCGACGCUGGAUGGAGACGGUGACGCGCUGCUGUCGCGCGAGGAGAGCGCCUCCCUGCGGCGCCUGAUUCGGGGCUCGGUGCGGCCGCGCCGCUGCGCCAAGCAGUUUGCCCGCCUUUGCGACAGGGACCGCGACGGCCGCAUCUCGCGCAACGAGUGGCACGCCUGCAUAGACCUCGACGUCAGCCAAAAUACCGUGGAGGGUAGAAGAGUAAGGGUGGUACACGAAGUUCUGUUCGUUGAUCCCCCUUCCCCUGACAUUGUGGUGGAUCCACUUAACAGAAGGAACAGCCAACCAGAGGCUAAUGAUUGUCUGUCUGACAGGCGGUCAGUAUUGGAAGAACAGAAAGCUGGCAGUGAUAAACUGUAUGUGCCAGAGUGCACUCCUGAUGGGCGCUUUCAGAAAAUACAAUGCUACAAUUCAACAGGUUAUUGUUGGUGUGUUCAUGAAGACAGCGGCAAGCCAAUACCAGGAACACCUGUGAAAGAUCAGAUACCAAAAUGCGAUGCAGUUCCUGCUCCAAGAAGGCCAAUGAAUGGUUGUUCUGAGCCCCGUAAGCAGUUGUUCCUUAAAGAGCUUAUGGACAUGAUGUCAAAGAAAAUGAUAUCUGCAAGGAACAGGACCAGUCAGGAAAGCCAAUCUCGACCCUUGCUACCAUCAUCACCAGAAGAGGAAAUUGCCGUGUGGAAUUUCAACGCACUUGAUAAGAAUAAAAGCAAGGUCCUAGAGAGAAAGGAGUGGAAACACUUCCGAACAAUGGUAACUGCCAACAAGCUGUUGCGGAAAUGUGGUAAAAGAUUUCCACGAUACUGCGACAUCAAUCUUGAUAGGAAAAUCAGUCUGACAGAGUGGCUUAACUGUUUAAGCAGCAGUGAAGAAAGCAUUUCAAGGACUUCGCAGACAUCAAGUUUCAGAAGAGUAAAAGGAGAAAACCCUUUACAGAUGUUACUUAAGCAAGAAUAAUGACCAUUAGUGAGAAAAAGGAAAUUGCUAAUAUUGUGUUUAAAAU